AUGGCCUUCCUUUAUCUCAACCAGGGAAUAGAAGACAAGAUCUUCUUUUAUCUCGACCAGCGAACAGAACCCAAGGCCUUCCUUUAUCUCCACCAGGGAACAGAACCCAAGGCCAUCCUUUAUCUCGACCGGGGAACAGAACCCAAGGCCUUCCUUUAUCUCCACCAGGGAACAGAACCCAAGGCCUUCCUUUAUCUCCACCAGGGAACAGAACCCAAGGCCAUCCUUUAUCUCCACCAGGGAACAGAACCCAUGGCCUUCCUUUAUCUCGACCAGGGAACAGAACCCAAGGCCAUCCUUUAUCUCGACCAGGGAACAGAACCCAAGGCCAUCCUUUAUCUCCACCAGGGAACAGAACCCAAGGCCAUCCUUUAUCUCGACCAGGGAACAGAACCCAAGGCCAUCCUUUAUCUCCACCAGGGAACAGAACCCAAGGCCUUCCUUUAUCUCGACCGGGGAACAGAACCCAUGGCCUUCCUUUAUCUCGACCGGGGAACAGAACCCAAGGCCUUCCUUUAUCUCGACCGGGGAACAGAACCCAUGGCCUUCCUUUAUCUCGACCGGGGAACAGAACCCAAGGCCAUCCUUUAUCUCGACCGGGGAACAGAACCCAUGGCCUUCCUUUAUCUCGACCGGGGAACAGAACCCAUGGCCUUCCUUUAUCUCAACCAGGGAAUGGAAGACAAGAUCUUCUUUUAUCUCGACCAGGGAACAUAA